GAAAUUUUCAGCCUCACUUUGCCUUCUUAUCUGGUACUAUUGUCUUUUCUGUCUGACGAUAAUACUCCAUUUUGUACCUCGCUCGCACUCACACUUUGCCUAGCCAUUGUGCCGAACAGGUGGUUUAUCAUGAAGGAGACCUUCUACUAGCGAAUUUGAAAGUGGACUUUGAAUCCAAAUUCUGGUUUUGGUGUGUCGUCUGAGUAAAGAUCCGGUCACAACAUUGUGCUUGACAAGCUACGUUCAGAGACCCAGAUGGGAAAAUCUUUCAGAGAGAAAGCUAGUUGCGGAACCGACAAUCAGGCAGGAGCUACCACUGUUAAGAAAGAAUGGGUUCAAAAGUUACCGAUCAAGGAGGAUCAUGUACUUGAUAAUAAUCAAUUUCCGAAUUCUAGCACUCUCCCGAAUGAAUCACGGUGCAUUUUGUGCAUGACCAAAAGCAGCUGUCGAACUGUGCGCUCGAAGACAAAACUUAUCAACAUUCUGGUUGAAAAAGGAAAACCACAAGAAGCUCAGUCCAUUUUUGACAGUUUAGUUGAAGGAGGGCACAAACCAUCCCUGAUUACAUACACUUCACUCUUGGCUGCCUUAACCAUCCAGAAGCGCUUCGAUUCCAUACAUUCAAUUGUUUCACAGGUUGAAGAGAAUGGGAUGAAGCCAGACUCAAUAUUUUUCAAUACUGUUAUCAAUGCUUUCUCUGAAUCUGGGAAUGUAGAGGAGGCUGUGGAAACCUUAUGCAAGAUGAAGAAGAGUGGAAUAAAUCCCACUACCAGCACUUAUAACACGUUAAUCAAAGGGUAUGGCAUCGCUGGUAAGCCUGAAGAAUCUCUGAAAUUGUUCGAUCUGAUGUCCAAGGAAGGAAAUGUGAAACCCAAUCUCAGGACUUAUAAUGUACUAGUCAGGGCAUGGUGUAACAAGAACAUUGCAGAGGCAUGGAACGUGGUAUCUAAGAUGGUAGCUUCGGGGAUGCAACCUGAUGCGGUUACAUACAACACAAUUGCAACAGCUUAUGUUCAGAAUGGAGAGGCUGGUAAGGCUGAAAAGAUAAUUAUUGAAAUGCAGAACAAUAGUGUGCAGCCGAAUGAACGAACUUGUGGCAUCAUUAUAAGUGGGUAUUGUAAAGAAGGUAAAGUAAUGGAGAACCUGACGUUUUUGUACAGGAUGAAAGAGCUUGGGGUGAAGCCCAAUCUUGUGAUUCUAAACUCCGUGAUCAAAGGUUUUGUGGACAUUAUGGAUAGAGAUGGUGUUGAUGAGGUUCUCAAGUUGAUGGGUGAUUUUGAGGUCAAACCCGAUGUGAUAACAUUUAGCACAAUUAUGAAUGCAUGGAGCACAGCAGGAUUUAUGGAUAAGUGCAGGGAAAUCUUUGAUGACAUGAUGAAGGCUGGCAUUGAACCAGAUGCACAUGUCUACAGCAUUCUUGCAAAAGGUUAUGUACGUGCACAAGAACCUGAGAAGGCUGAAGAACUCUUGACGGCCAUGAUUAAAUCAGGAUCCAGCCCCAACGUUGUGAUUUUCACAACUGUUAUCAGCGGGUGGUGUAGCGCUGGUAGAAUGGGAAAUGCACUAAGACUGUUUGACAAGAUGUGUGAAUAUGGUGUUUCACCAAAUUUGAAGACUUUUGAGACGCUGGUUUGUGGAUAUGCUGAGGCUAAGCAGCCUUGGAAAGCCGAGGAACUUCUCCAAAUUAUGGAGGAAUUCGAGGUGAAGCCCGAGAAAUCUACUGUGUCGCUUGUUGCAGACGCUUGGCGUGCUAUUGGAUUGACAAAAGAGGCAGAUAGACUACAGGCUAGUGUAAAAAGAAAGGAAGUUUCCCACCAAGCAGAGGGAGGGAAAGAGUUACCUGUUAAAAGCUUAGAGAAUAUCUAUCAGAAGCACACUACAUGUGCCUCUAAUUCCUACCUAUUACAGAUCCCUGGUGUAGUUAGUGAUCAGAAACUGUCAGCGGCAACGAUUAAGAAAGGUCGGCUGAUGACAAGAGAUUCUGACUUUCCAAUCGAAUCAUCGUGGCUUGCUACAAAAUCCGUGUAUCCUUCUCACACUCGUAAAUUUGGGGAAAUGUCACCGAUUAUUUGCCGGAAGCAGUCUCAAGGGCAGCUUGGUGUGUACAGUCAGCUCGCGCAACCAUGUACAGUGUUCCUGAACUGAAGCAAAGACACAAAUUCUACCUUUGGUUGUAGAUAAGGAAAGGAGCUUCUCUUUCAUGAUAUUACAUUUUGUUGCAAACUUGCUGCUUUUGUAAUGUCAUAUAUCCUACAUUCUGUUGACAGUUUGAAACAUAUAUGUACAUUUCUGUGUUGCUCCCACUCUACAAUAUUUUUUUUCUUCCCUUCUUUGGUAAUCA